CGCGGCGGCCAGUGGGCGGGGCUCGCGGGCGUCACGUGGGGCAGCGGGUGCCGCCGCGAGGCGCUGGCGGGGUCGGCGGCGCUCACACCGCUCGCACCGUCCGAGUCGCAGCCAUGUUCGGGGGCCUGGGGCGCUGCUUCGAGGAGGAUCCCUUCUUCCGUGAUCCUUUUGCUGCACACCAUGAAUAUAUGCGGCAGAUGAUGAGAAGCUUUUCUGAUCCUUUUGGACGAGAUCCAUUUCUCAGUAUAACAGAUGGUGGGGAGAGAACAGUAGAUCGAAGAGCACGCCAGGACUCUCAGGUUGCUGUAAGAGGAAAUCGCAGAGCAACAAGCUACUCCCUCAUGCCCUUUGCAGGCUUUGGUAGAGUGCAGGAUGCAGAUUUUGGGGAACCUUUUUUUGCAAUGGACAGGAUGAUGUCAAAUAUGAGAAACAGUAUGCUGGAAAUGCAAAGAAAAUUUGAUGACCUAUCCAUCCAUCCAGAUGCACACACAUUCAGCUCCUCCUCUGUGAUGACAUACUCCAAAGUAGGUGAUGAACCACCAAAAGUUUUCCAGGCUUCGGCUCAGACACGCACCGCUCCAGGAGGUGUUAAGGAGACAAGAAAAGCACUCAGGGAUUCUGAAAGUGGACUACAAAAAAUGGCUAUUGGUCAUCAUAUUCAUGAUCGUGCUCACGUCAUUAAAAAAUCAAAGAACAGCAAGACUGGUGAUGAAGAAAUGAAUCAAGAAUUCAUCAACCUGGAUGAAAAUGAGGCCCGGACCUUUGAUGAGGAGUGGCAGAAAGAGAUUAUGAAGUUCAAGCCAUCUAGGACUAGAUGCAAUUUAGAAGCUCCAAAGUACAGAAGUAUUCAUCACAUACCCAAGGAAGAUGGAUCACGAAGAGAGAAACCACUUGCAGUUGCAGGUUCCAGGGAGCCCAGAGCUUCUUUGGAGAAUCUCAGUGUGAAAGGAACACACGUCCCCAUCAAAAGCAGCAAAAAAUAAAUUGCUUCCAUUCUCCAUUUGAAUGGAGUUUCUUCAGAGGAGAUAAUGGUGCUGCAUUGCUUAUGUUCAUAUAACUAUACACGUAUAUAUGACCAAUCUCUGUUUUUUGUUUUAGGAAGUAUUAGCGUGCCUUGCUACUCCGAUCUUUUGACAACUUACUGUUCUUGAAAACUUCAGAUCCUUGGUUAAACCAUCUAGUUCCAGUAAAUUAAAAAACUGACAACCUUCCACUUAAAAGCACUUUAAUGAAUUAUCACUAAUUCUGGGGUGGGAUGUUUGUGUUGUUUUUUUUUUUAAAAAAAAAAAGCUUUGAUUAGCAAGAUUUUUCUACUAGAACUGCACCAGUCUUAGACUUUUUAUUAAGCCUGGUAAUGAAACUACUUUUUUCCCCACACUCUGUAACUUGGACAGAAAGUAAAUUCUCUCUUUAUUUUGUGUGGCUGAAGUAAUUAUUAAUGUUCUGGGUUAUACAGCAAUUAACAGCAAUUUGAAAGCACUGUAGUCCCUAUAUAUAUAUAUAUCUAUCUUUAAAAUCAUAUUUAAAUUGUUAUAGAAUUCCCAGAUUCACCUUGAUUUUUAAUAUGAAGAAAAGUGAGAGGAAUACUAGAAUGACAAAUACUUCAAGUAAGUUUUCGUUUAUCAGCAUUCUUACGUUCAUAAGCUCGGCUUGCACCUCUUCUUUUCUGUGCCUACACUGUCAGUUUUGUACUUCUGAUUCCUGGCCUGUUUCCUCUGGAGGUGGCCCACUAUUUUUCAUUCUUGAAGAUUCUCUGUAGUAGCUUUCAAUUAUUCUGUAAUAAUGCCACUGUGUCUCAAUCCCAGCUGUAACUAUUAGUUAUUAAUCAGAAAAAUAUGUGGGAGAAAUUGGUUGAGUGGGCAGUAGUUUAACUGGAUAAGGAAUGAUUACACCAUUUCUUCUGCUUUAAAAAGCUAAAAGCCCUGCAUGCAGGAAACCAUUUCCCCCCACAGCUGAGAUGAGAUGUGUUUGUAAAUCUAACGCUUGAUCUCCCUUGACCUUGUUGUUAUUGUUUGGUUAAAGAGCCUGCUGUUCUAGAGGAAAGCCAACUGUGUGACUGAGAACACAAAAUGUCUUUGUAUUGCAAGCGUUAAGUUUGUGUGCUGUUUUUUAAUGCAGAAUUGAUCCCCAUGUUGUAGCGUAAAUAACUUCUGUAGACUAUACCAUAAUAGCAUUAGCACUGUAGCAUAUUUCAAGGCUAAAACAUUCUAAAAUAGCCUUUAAAAAGGCACUAUUUAUAUUAUAAAAGAAAAUGUUUAGUAAGUCAAGAUUAAUAUUUGUUUGUCCAAAAAGGAGGUGGCCUUUAAAUCCUGUCUUUCUGCAGGUUCCCCAGAUUAUUUAAUUCUGUGUUUAUUAAUGUGCAAAAAGAAUAAAAGGUACUUUUGUUAAACUCUGACAAGGGAAAGACAGUUGUUUAUUUGCUUGUUUAAUGCAAUGGUCUCUUCCCGUUGGAGCAAAUACUAGUGGCAGUAAGUUUAUACAAUUGAACCAUCCUAUGGGCAGUCGAGGUAAGGGGGUGCUAAGGGGGCGGCAACCUCUGACAGAAGGACAGGCUGAAACGGGGGGAGAUCACAGUCCGGCUUGCCAGAACCCUGAAUCUAAAGGAUGCUCUUACUCCUUAAAAAGUAAGAGUACAACUCUAGGGCCUGAUCUUCCAUACACUGAAGCCAACAUGGAUUUUGCAAUAAAUGUCACUGAGAAUGUAAGGGCAUGGAGGCAUUUUCCAGGUACAUCACUAAAACUUCCCUGUAAUAAACAGCAGAAAAGUUUUUUUUCAUUUGGCAAUUUCAAAAGAAACCUUUGAUUUGGGAGACGCUGCUUUACUAAGAUUAAAAAUCAUCAUACGUAUACAUAAUCAAUAAAACAAGUCAAGUAUAUAUGUAGUGUAAAGAGGCUAAUAUUCAUUACAGAUUAUUCUGUUAUGCAAAACAACGCUCUAAAAUGUAAGGCAAAAGAAAUUGUUCUAUGUAGAAGCAUCUCAAACUGUAAUUCUUUAAUAAAGUUAUUUAUUAUUUA